AUGUCAACCGAAAUCCCCUUGACAGCAAACCACACUCAACAACCCUUCAAACUCCUCGAACUACCCCCGGAACUCCUCACCCUUCUAGAAUCCGAUGUUCCUCCCACCCUCCUCCUAACCUCCUCCCCUCAGCCCCCACACCACGCACACCUCCUCGUAUCUCCUUCUCCCUCUUCCGCUUCCACCUCCACCACCCCCUCCACCACCACCAAAAAAACCUACCUCCUCCGCCAAAAAAAUACUUCCAAUCCGCUGAUGCUUCUCUCACCCUCUACCUACUCUUCCUCCUCUUCCUCCACCUCCACCCCCCAACCCCAACCAAGCAUCACGAGAAUAGGAAGUAUAUCCGACACGAUCGAAUUAAUCGAAAAAGAAGAAGAAAUCAUUGACGGACAAGAAAAGCAUAGAGAAAAAGAACCCGAAGUCUCGAAAAAGACUACCACGGGAAAAGUAAAUAAAUGGCAUGAGAAAUUCGCAAAGAGUAGGGGGAGUGGUACAAAUAGUAAAGGUUAA